AUGCACUGCAACGGAGAGCGUAGAGGCGAGAACGUCGAUAGUCAGGCUCGGAGAGGGUGCAUUUUCUGGCACUUCCAUCUGCAAAUCCACUUGAAUUUCAGAGUUUUGGGAGAAACAUUUGCUCGUCUGAGAAACCUUCGUCUUGCCAAUUUUGUGAGACGUAUCCCAGUGCCACCCCCAACAACACCCGUACAAAACGAAGAGAGACGCAUUCCGCCACCGGUUCCCAUCCGCACUUCUUCUCUCCCACACAACAACGCGAAGUAAGUUUUUCAUCUCUUUUUCUCAUUAUCAUCAUACAUAUUGUCUAUUUCAGCACGCGUAUCUACGUGUACACGCACGGAGCUCAAUUGUGCUCGAGGGAUUCCAGACCAAGUGAGCGAGAUGUGUAAGUUGUUGAUGGUUAAACUGUAUUCUUUUCCAGAUAUCCGUUUUGGUUUCAACCACUUCAAAUUCGUAAAGGUGAUAGGACAGGGCGGUUUCGGAGUAGUCUGCGAGGUGAAGCGACACAAUACGGGCGAACCGUGGGCCGUCAAGAUAGGGAGGGUGGAGGACAUGAAGACCGAGUUCAAAAUUUAUGAUGCCCUCCGAGGGCUCAAAAGCAUCCCCUCCUCUCCGAUCUAUUUUGAAGAGAAAGGCUGCGCGCUCAUUUCGAUGGAGCUCCUGGGCCUGAACAUGAGCGACUGGCGGGAGUUGAAACAGCAGCUCACCAUCAAGGAGGUCUUUGACGCAGCUCGUCAAAUGAUCGAGUUGGUCCGAAUCGUACAUGCGCAUCGCAUAAUACAUUGCGAUAUAAAAGUGUCGAAUUUUGCGUUUGGGAAAGGCGUGAAACAGGAUAAACUUUUUGUGAGUCACCGCACGGCUACUGUUCCUUGAGCGCGAUGAUGUUCAGAUUAUCGAUUUCGGACUUGCCCAGGCGUUCAAGAAUCCGGAUGGGAGUCGGAUCGAAAAAUGUGAGCCGUACCCGAUGAAAGGCACCAUCGCCUUCUGCAGCGCACGCAUACAUGACGAAGCCCGUGAGUUCCCAGCACAAAGCAUUUUUUUCGUAAUCUCUUUCUUUGCAGAUCCCGCGCCCCGGGACGACUUGGAGUCGGUGGCAUUCUCGUGUCUGGAGCUGUUGGAGGGAAAGCUGCCGUGGGACGAUUUGGAUUACGAUAAUCCAGAUCAUAGCGAAUUCUACCGACUCAAGAAAGGCGGCACUGAUGGCAGAGGACUGUUCGCCAUCCCGGAAUUUGAGGAGUUACUUCGGAAGAUCAGAAAGUUGGAGUUUUCCGAUGAGCCGGAUUACAAAGCAAUGAUUGAACUGCUGACUGUGCCUGAGUCCCGUCUCCGGGAGUUGAGCAGAAAGUAAAAAAACUAACUGCUCCGGCAAAAUCGGAGUAUUUGCAUUUCAGGUUUACCAUCCCGCGCUCAGAGUAUCGUCGCAGUGCCAUACCGAAAGAGCUGAGUGGAGUGACGAAAGUAAGAGCAGAAAAAACUUGAAAACAUAGGAAAAUACUAUUUACUUGCAGCAAACGUUGCUCCGGUUCAGAGUCUGA